AUGGAAGGCUCAGUAGCUAGGGAAGAAUGGCACGGGCACGUCACAGCUCUGUCUGUGGCCCCAGAAUUUCGCCACCUUGGUCUGGCUGCUAAACUUAUGGAGCUACUAGAGGAGAUUUCAGAAAGAAAGGGUGGAUUUUUUGUUCACUUCUUUGUGAGAGUAUCUAACCAAGUUGCAGUUAACAUGUAUAAGCAGCUGGGCUACAGUGUCUACAGGACCAUCAUACAGUACUAUUCAGCCAGCAAUGGGGAACCUGACCAGGACGCCUACGAUAAGAGGAAAGCACUUUCCAGGGACACAGAGAAGAAAUCCAUCAUCCCAUUACCUCAUCCGGUGAGGCCGGAGGACAUUGAAUAGCCCUGGGCAGUGGUUCUUAGGCAGCUGCUCCAGGUGGUUAUGGACAAUGUUUUCAUCGGAUGAUCUUGGAGCUCUAGUGGAGAAAAGUAAUCACUGAGGUCUUAAAGGCAUGAAGAAACUGCAAGUUAUACUUUCAAUAGCAUUGUUUCCAGUUAGCAAUAUCAUACCUAUUAAAGCUGUUGACUGUACUGAGAUCCAGUCAGAAAGGCAGCUAGGUCGAGGAAGCAUUCCACUCAUGUUCACUGUGUGCUAGGGAAAGACUUGCUCCAAUCUCCCCAAUUCAGUGCCUGAGAACCACUGCUGCAUAUAUAAAUUUUUUAUUUUGUACUGAAUUGUUAAUCGAAGCUUUAAAAGCAUAUAUGAAAUGUGUAAAUCUAAGGUGAAUAAUAAAAUACAUUGUUGAUUCUAUGAAAAAAAUUCUUACUUAAAAAACAAAAAUAAGAAAUCUGACCCCUCUUAAUUUGUUUUUAGGAUGUUAAACAUAAUCUGAUUAUGAUACUGUAUAGCUGCCGUUCUAAAUAUAUUAAUUAAAAUAAAUCAACAUUGUUUAUUCCUUAUGAAAAUAUUUAUUUAAAGCAUUAGGUUGAAUAAUAUUUUUUAGUUACAAAAAACAGUUUUUAGCAAUCUGGAUUAUUUUGCUAAGGAAUUUACUUAACUCUGAUAGCAUUAGUUGUUUUGACUUUAAAUGUUUUUCUCUGCUUUUAUAAAAAGUACAUUGCUUUUAAACGCACACACACAAACACACAAAACUAAUCCCUAAUUUGCCUUUCUAACAGAGUGGUAAAAGAUUAAGGAGUUGACAUAACUAGCUUUUAUAUUUAAGCUUCCCUUUGCUGCUUGCUGCACAUGUAACAAUGUUGUUCUUUCUUUGACACAGACCCAGACAAAGGCUGAGUGUAGCAAGGAAGCAGACAGCACGCCUCCAGUAGUAGCCCCCGCCUGGCUCCAGGAUUUGUAAACAGAAACAUCCCAGGCUCCUAUGAGGCAGACAGCUUUUCCCUGUCUCUUCUGCAUUCAGGAUGUGCUUGCUUGUACAAGCCCAGCCAUUGCACACAGGCCUCCAUAAUAGUGUGUUUACAUUUGGCUGAGAAUUUAACUGAGAAAAAAAACUAAUAGGGAAGGAAAAGAGUUUAUUAGAGCUAGGGGAGUUAGAUAUUUCAAGUAUACCCAAAUAUAAUAUAUAUGACAUUAAAAAAGAGUUUUUAAAAGAAACAAUAAAAAUUAGGAAUUUUUUUUGGUUCAAGGUCUCUUGUAUUAGCUACAUAUGUGAAUACACAUAUUGAAAUAUUUUUCCUGGCAGUUUUUAAGGGGUCUCAUAUUUUUAGAACAUGUGGCGUAUCCUGGAAAGUUUUUAAUUAAUAAUGUUUAAUCCUAAGUAUGAUUUUAAUGUAUUAAAAUAUCUUAAUAUUUUCAUCAACCCCUUUAUAUGACUUAAUAAUUCAUAUUUAGAUUGAACUUAGUUAAUAUAAAAGUUGUAUUGCAUUUUUUGGGUAAAUUUGAGAAUGAAAGCAAAGAAUUCUGGGCCUUCAAAAAAUAUAGAAGAGGGGCCAGCGCUGUGGUGCAGUGGGUUAAAGCCCUGGCCUUAAGCGCCAACAUCCCAUAUGGGCGCUGGUUCUAGUCCUGGCUGCUCCUCUUCUAAUCCAGCUCUCGGCUAUGGCCUGGGAAAGCAGUAGAAGAUGGCCCAAGUGCUUGGGCCCCUGCACCCACGUGGGAGACCUAGAAGAAGCUCCUGGCUCCUGACUUCGGAUUGGCUCAGCUGCGGCUGUUGCAAGCCAUCUGGGGAGUGAACCAGAGGAAGAAAGACUUCUCUCUCUGUCUCUACCUCUCUCUGGAACUCUAUCUUUCAAAUAAAUAAAAUAAAUCUUAGAAAAAAAAUAGAAGAUUCAUCCAAAAAUUUGAAAUUAGAAGAACCUUAAAAGGCAUCCAGUAUAACCCCCCCCCUUUUUUUUACUAGUUUAAUGUAUUUUAAUAGCAAUCAUACAGGAACAGGACAGAAGAUACCUGUAGGACAUUCAGAAAAGCAUAGUAAGUAAAUAGAAUUUACUGAAUGCUGGCAUUGUUUAGGAAAAUGUAACAGAUUUAUUUAUAGUUGUUAAAUAGUUGAACUGCUGGGACUUAUUCACUGGAAUAUUUUGAUUUGUGUUAAUGAUGUACUUUCCUGAAUUUAUACUGAAAAUUCAUAUGACAAUGGAAAAACUGCUGAUACCUAACUUCUGUCUGCUGUUUUUCCAUCCCUAAUCAUACUUACAUGCCUUUUGAUCCAAUUGGGGUAGGGAGUUAAUGCUCAGAAUUACUUAUAAUAGGACAGAAAUUUUUUCAAAAAGAAUGAAAAGAGAAAAAGAAAAGAAAGAAAAAAAGAAUGAAAUGUUUUCCAACAUAGUGGAUUCCUAAGCAUGUUCUCUAGGAAUGUAUAGUAUGCUAGCUGGAUUUCUUUUGGCAUUAUUGUUUAUGUUUGGCAUAGAUAGUACACAGCUUGCUGUCUGCAAAGAGGCCAGCCAGGUAGGCCUCCCUUGCCUCCUGCAAACACCAGUGUUGGAACUCUGGACAUGCUGAUCUGUUUUGAAGUUCUGGACAAUUUCUCCCACCAGAUGCUGAAAGGGAAGUUUGCCAUUGGGUGAACUGAUAAUCAAGUCUGGUUUCACAAAGUACAACACUACCAGACCUAUAGUGAUGAAGUUUUCUUUAGCUUUCCUGUAGAGAGCCCUCUGUUAUGAGUGGUUACUGCAGCCAAUUGUUUAUUGGGUGCUAAACCACCAAAUAGUUUGCAGGCAUUGUGCUUUGAACCAUGGCAUAGGGAACUCUUUACUGUGGCAUAGCAGGUAAAGCUGCUGCCACCUGCAGUGCUGGCAUCCCGCAUGGGCACUGGUUCGAGUCCCAGCUCCUCCACCUCCAAUCCAGCUCUCUGCUAUGGCCUGGGAAGGCAGUGGAGGAUGGCCCAAGUCCUUGGACCCCUGCACCUGCUUGGGAGACCCAGAAGAAGCUCUGGACUCCUGGCUUUGGAUUGGCCCAGCUCCAGCCAUUGUGGCCAUCUGGGGAGUGAACCUGCAGAUAGAAGGACCCCUCACCUUACCUCCGCCUCUGCCUCGCUGUAACUCUGCCUUUCAAAUAAUAAAUAAAUAAAUCUUUAAAAAAGAAGAAGAAGAAGUGGAGCAGCCAGAAUAUGAACUUGUGCCCAUAUGGGAUGCCAGCACCAUAGGUGGGCAGCCUAGCCUACUAUGCCAUGGCGUUGGCCCCUUUAGCUUAAUUUUGAAGUUAAAUCAUUGCCCAUCAUAUCUCUGUUAAUAUGUAAUAUACUUCCUCAGGACAAAUUUUCUUAACUUGGUGUCUUUGUCAGUCUAGGUGUCUUUAACAAAGUACUACAGACUGAGUAGCUUAGUCCUAGAGGCUCUGACAUCCAAGGUCAUGGUGACAGCAGAUCUGGUGUCCAGUGAGGGGUCAGUUCCUGGUUUAUGGGUGGCUGUCUUUUUGUAUCCUCACAUGGUGAGACCACACAGAGCUAUCCCUUGUCUCUUCCUCUUUUUAUGAGGACUUUAACCUUAUUCAUGUGGGCUCCUCUUGUCUGACCUGAUUACCUACAAAAGACCUUCUAUCCAACUGGGGAUUUAGGCUUGUAUGAGUUUGUGGGUGACACAUUCAGUCCAUAGCACUAUAGGUAUGAGGUAAAAUAAAUAAAUAAACAAAGCCUCCUUUUGUGUGUGUCAUUCUCCAUUCCUUGUUUUCCAGAAACACAAAAUUCUUUUGAUUCACAAAUCUGCCUCAAAAUUUCUAUUUCAAAUGGAAACACAAUUGAGGGUGACACUGAGGUUUCUAAUGUAGUUGGCGAUUUGGAACAGUGAAGUAAUACAGUAACGGCUUACGUAUACAGGGUUGUGUUGGAUACAUAGGGAAGAACAUGAAAGCAGACUAAAAAUCCUGUAAGCAGCCAACAUCGAUGCUACAGAAUCUUGUAUAAAAACUCCUACAUUUUUAGGAAAGACACUUAGGCUUUUGAGUCUGUUUUCUCACAAUUUACAAUCAUUUUUUAAAGUUUUAUUUAUGUGUUUUCUUGAAAGGUAGAGUGAUAGGGAGAGAGAAUUCAUUUGCUGGUUCACUCCCCAAAUGGCUACAACAGCAAGCGCUGGGCCAGGCAAAACCUAAGAGCCUGGAACUCCAUCCAGGUCUCCCAUGUGGGUGUCAGGGACCCAGGUGCUUGGGCCAUCCUCCGCUUAGCAGGAAGCUGGAUUAAAAUCAGAGGUGCUUGAACUGACUUUCCAAUAUGAGAUGGAGGUGUCCUAAGCAGCAGCUUGGCCCACUACACCACAACACCCACCCCUUUAUAUUUACUUAUAAGUUAGGUCUAUUUUUAGUGUUCAUACUAGAUUAUAAAAAACAUAAAGGGUUAGGUGUUGUGGAGCAGUGGGUUAAGCUACUGCUUGGGACUGCCACUCCCCAUAUUUCAGUCCCUUGUUCAAGUCCUGGCUAUUCCACUUCCAGUCCACCUUCCUGCUAAUGCAGUCCUAGGAGACAGCAGGUGAUGUCUCAAGUGGUUGAGUCCCUACCACCCAUGUGGGAGACCCAGAUGGAAUUCUGGCCUUCUGGCUUCCACCUGACCCAGCUCCAGCUGUAGCAGGUAUUUGAAGAGUCAACCAGUGGAUGAAAGAUACCUCUCUGUCUUUCUCUGUCUCUCUCUCUGCCUUUGAAAUAAAAAUAAAUAAGUAAAUAAAUAAACUUUUUAAAAAAACUAUCAAAAAGAAAUAACAGACAAGGAGUGAGAUGGAAUAAUUGGAAAUCAGAGAUAAUUUUCAUAAUAUGCAUUUUCUAUAAUUUUUGAAGAUGUUUAUAUAGUCACCCAUUGUUAUCUGCAGGAGAUUCAUUCCAGGACUCCCACUCUGAUGCUCAAGUUCCCUAUAUAAGUAAUGUAAUGUUUGCUUGUAACCUGUACACUUCCUUCCAUAUACUUUAAAUCAUCUCCAGAGUAUACAUGUAAUACCUAAUACAUAUAAAUACUAUGUAAGUCAUUGUUAUGCCAUAUUGAUUAGGGAAUAAUGAUAAGAAAGAAUCUGUACUAUGUUCAGUACAGCUGCAACUACCACAGGCUUAACUAUAUAGUGUACAAAUGAGACUAGAGGUCAGCCAGGCUCAAACAAGUGCUGAAAAGGGCCUGAGGAUGUGUGAAAUGACUGAUGGCUGCAGCAGUGUGUGCCUGCACAUCACUUCAUAAUACAUGUGGAUUCAGAAUGGUGCUCAGUGUGUGGCAAAUUCAAAUUUUGCUUUUUGAAACUUUAUGGAAUAUAAAAGCUGAAUAUUUUCAAUUUGUGGAACCCACAAAUGCAGAACCUGUGGAUAUGGAGGAUAUGAAGAACUGACUUUAUAGGUUUUGGUACUAUCCAUGGUGUCAGGCAUCUACUGAGGAUCUUGGAAUCUAUUCCCUGCUUGUAAGUGAGGAUUACUGAAUUUGACAGUAAUGGUAGGGGAAGAAGAUUAGCAAGCACAUAAAAUGUUUGUAUAUAUCUUAAAUAAUCUAUAAAUUAUUAUUUAGAUUUGUGUGUAUGUGUGUUGAAAAUGAAUUUUCUUUAGGGUUUGGCAAAUUAUAAAAUGAAUUUUGUUUUUUUUUUUAAAUAGAGGUAAAAUGACAUGGAAUUAACUAGGUUAAAAAUGUACCAUUAUUAUAUUCACAAUAUGUGCAAUCUAUAUCUGAUUCCAAAACAUUUUCAUCACCCCACAAGGGAAACUUCGUACCUAGUAAAUAGCCUCUCCCUUUAAUCCUCUUCCCCAGUCCCUGGUGGCUACUAAUCUGCUUUCUGUCUCCAUGGAUUUGCCUAUUCAGAAUAGUUCACAUAAAUGGAAUUAUUGAAUCUGAAGUCUUUCUUACAUCCUUUGUAUACCUGACUUUUGUUUAUCCCUUCAUCAGUUUAUGAACAUUUCUGUUGUUCCCUUUUGGCUAUUCUGUAUAGUAGACAGAGAUAUAGAACAGUAAAAACCUUUAUUACAUGAGAGAAGAUUUAUUUGCCUUUCCAGCCCUUGAUUUUCCUUAGAUAUACUUCGGCUCCUUGCCCUUUAGCACAUAGCCAUCUGCUCGGCCACUGUGGUCAGGACUUGAUGCAAUGCAAGCAAAAGCUUGCCCUGCUGGAACUGCUCCUCCAAAAUACUGCUGAUUUUGGCAUUCUGUUUCCUUUCACCAUAUCUAUUUUGAAUUUCUUUGAUUGUUUCUUGUUUAAAAUCUCUUCCUCCUCAGGAGUCAGCUUAGCUCCUCCACGUAGCCCAGGGGCAGUGCCUAGUGGGAUUUGUACAGCUAUGUGCUGUCAAUAGCGUGAUACAGUUCUUUAUCAAGAUCUUGGUGCAGACCAGCUUGUUACUGGGGAUAUCGUAGACAAUGCUGAUGAUCCUUCUUUUGCAAGCAUAUGUUUGGAACCCCACAAGAGAGGUUCCCCAUGUCCAGCCUCAGGACACGAUACCUCUUGUUGCCUCCUCGAAGACAGGCUGUAUGUGUGCAGCAGGGGCCAGUCUUAGUGUUGGUAGCCAGAUGUCCCAGCUCAUACUUCCACUUUGCUAGGGCUUUUUUUUGCCCCCACUGUUGCAGCACUUGUGCCAGUUGUCCUUAGAGAUGUUCAUCAGUUGUUGCUGGCUGGAAAGAGCUGAUGAGGAAGUUUUUGUUUGAAAAACUAUUUUGGCUGGCUCUGCGGCUCACUUGGCUAAUCCUCCACCUGCGGCGCCGGCACACCGGGUUCUAGUCCCGGUCGGUCAGGGUGCCGGAUUCUGUCCCAGUUGCCCCUCUUCCAGGCCAGCUCUCUGCUAUGGCCCAGGAGUGCAGUGGAGGAUGGCCCAAGUGCCUGGGCCCUGCACCCCAUGGGAGACCAGGAGAAGCACCUGGCUCCUGGCUUCGGAUCAGCGCAGUGCGCCGUCCGCGGCGGCCAUUGGAGGGUGAACCAACGGCAAAAGGAGGACCUUUCUCUCUGUCUGUCUCUCUCUCUCACUGUCCACUCUGCCUGUAAAAAAAAAAAAAAAGGGCAAAACUAUUUGUACUUUUUUUUGGGUGGUAGGAGGGAAUGGGUAUUGCCUAGGAGUGGAAUUACUAGGUCUUAUGUAAAUCUGUGUUUAGCUUUUUGAGAAACCACCAAGUUUUUUUUUUUUUUUUUUUGCUGUAGCUGUACAAUUUAUAUUUCCACCAUCAAUGAAUGUACAGGGGCUCUAAUUUCUCCAUAUCUUUGCCAACUCUUUUAUUUUGUUCUUCCUUUUUUUUUUUUUUAGCUGUAACCAUACUAAUACAUGUAGAGUGGUAUCUCAUUAUGUUAACAUUUGUUUUUUAAGAUGUAUUUUUGUUUGUUUAAUUUCUUGAAAGGCAGAGUGACAGAGAGACAGAGAUAGAAUCUUCUAUCUGUUUAUUCAUUCCCCAAAUAGUUGCAAUGGCCAGGGUUGGGCUGGCCUGAAGCUGAGAGCCAGGAACUUCAUCUUGGUCUCCCAUGUGGCUGGCAUGGGCCCAAGUAUUUGGGCCAUCAUCUGCUGCUUUUCCAGGCAUAUUAGCAGGGAGCUGAAUUGGAAGCAAAGCAGCCAUGACUUGAAUUAGCACUCUGAUAAGGGAUGUCAGCAUUGUAAGCUGUGACAACCCGCUGCGCCACCAUGCCAGACACAGUAACAUUAGUUUUUAUAUGUAAGCUUUUUGCCUAUAAUUUACUCUGUAUAUUUAAAGAUAACAGUUAUCAGUAUGAUAACAUCUGUUGAUAUCUAAUAAAUGUUCUGCAAAUUAAUAGCAUUUUAGCACUUCAGCAGAACCUUCUAUAGAAAUAACAGACAUUUUAAUAUGCAACUACUCUUUACCUGACCCAGACAGAUAAAUUGAUAAAGAACAGGAAUUCCUAUCAGAGAAAUUGUGAUAUACAGGUUUCUUACUUUAUCGUAGAAGCUUCUAGUGUGAAUGCAACACAAAAUUAUAAUGUCCAAAGUAAGAAAGUUUUAAAAUACAGUCUGAUUGAUUUUUGAUUGAAUAUGAAAAGUGAUUAAAUAAGGAUAUUAGCAGUUAUCAAGUCUGGCCUCUGGUCAGUAUUACCGAAUGCUGACUGAGUAACUAGUAACGUAAUGAACAUAUAUAUUUCAGAGUACAACUCAUUCCAUUUUAUACAGCUCUGUUUGUAAGCCAUUUGUUCUAUAUUCUGAACUGAAGACUGUUGUGAACAUAAACACAUUAAAUCUUGUAAUGCUCUAAAUCUAUUCAAAACAAGCCCACUUUCCUGUAUGAAGACAGCUAUCACAUUCUCCCCAGCUUAUUCUUUCUUCUACAUAAGAUAUUUUGAGUCCUUUGUAGAACAAUUCAGAGUUCUCUUACCUUCACUGCUUUACUUGAUCUUUUCUGGAUAUGCUCUGGUUUAUGGACUUCCAUCCUAAGGGGUAUUUGCUCUAUGUAUAUUACCUACCAGGAUAAAACUAACACAUAAAGUGUGUUAUCACGUUCAUGAUGGCCAUGUGAUUUAGAUGUGUGUUUUCAUUCUCCAAGUGUAUGAAUUUAAGCUCAGACAGGUGAAGAAAUUUUCCCAAGAUCAUGUACAUAUAAUAAGUGGAAGAAGUACUCAUAACCAUAUGUUAAACAUAACCAUAUGUUAACCAUAUGUUAAACACAAACAUAACCUUUAUGUUUAGAAUAUGUAUAACUUAAUUGCUUCUCAGCCUUUUGACUAAUAUCAAAUGAAAGUAUGUAUAAUUUUUUCAUUUCCUUUUAGCAAAAACAUUGCUGAUUUAUUGUAUGUUGAUAUAGCCUUUCUAAGGGCAGUCUGUUGUUACUUGACAAAAUACUAAAAAAAAUGACAGGGUUUUUAAAUGUGUUUUC